AUAGGAGCCAAGCAUCUUCAAACGUUGAGCGGGGUCAACCCUUUCGCGUACUGGUUGGGGAACUUCUUCUUCGACGCCACCAUCGUCGCCUUCAUUGAGAUGACGAUAAUGCUUGCGUUGCUUGACCGACCUUUCGUCUACCUGGCCGAGGGCCGCUGGGUCGCGCUGCUCGCCGUGUUUCUCCUGUACGCCGGCGCCAUGCUGCCUUUUGUUUACUGCACACAGCUGCUCUUCAAGCGUCCAGCCAACGGCGUUACAGCCGUCAUACUUUCAAAUUUUAUCUUCGGUAAGUAG